AUAAGAAAAUUAACUGGUGAAAAUUACUGCAUUAAAGUCUUUUAUACGUGUAUUUCGUAACACUUUAUUUGAUACAAUGGGAAAACGAAAAGCUAGCGAUAUUGCAGGAAAUCCAAAUCAAGAUUUAUCUGAUUUUUUAAUGGAAUUAGCAAAUUAUGAGAGGAAUGUAAAUAAAAAUAUAUACAAGUAUAACGCUUAUCGAAAGGCGGCUGAAACUUUAAGUAGUUUAUCAGAAAGAAUAAAAAAUGGCCAGGAAGCAAGAAAGCUACCUGGGAUUGGGGAAAAAAUUGCCAAAAAAAUUGAUGAAUUUCUUAGUACUGGAAAACUACAGAAAUUGGAAGAUAUCAAUAAGGAUGAAAGUAAUGUUGCAAUUAAUUUGUUAACUCGUGUAUCCGGUAUUGGACCUGCAAAAGCAAAAGAGUUAGUGGAUGCUGGUAUUAAAAGUUUGAAUGAUUUAAAGAAACAUCAGGAUAAAUUGAAUCAUCAUCAGAAGAUUGGCCUUAAAUAUUUUGAAGAUUUUGAGAAAAAAAUUCCUAGAGAGGAGAUUGAACAAGUUGAAAAAAAUAUGAAAGAUGCUAUUACAGAACUGGGUAGUCAAUAUAUUGUAACCAUUUGUGGAAGCUACAGACGUGGUAAAGAGGAAAGUGGAGAUAUUGAUGUUUUAUUAACGCAUCCAACAUACACUUCUAAAGAAAAAGAAUCAAAGAAAAAGAUUUCACUUUUGAAAGAUGUUGUAGAAUGUCUUGAAAAAAAGAAAUUAAUCACAGAUACAAUAUCCUUUGGGCCAACCAAGUUUAUGGGUGUCUGUCAUCUUCCAAAUAAUGACAGUAAGCCAUAUAGAAGACUUGAUAUUAGGCUGGCACCUUAUGAUCAGUAUUAUUGUGCUGUAUUGUAUUUCACUGGAAGUGAUCUUUUCAAUAAAAGUAUGAGGGCACAUGCCUUAGAAAAGAAGUACACAUUGAAUGAGUACUCGUUGAAACGGCUCACACCUGAAGGAACUCCGGGAAAGGCAGAAACUAUUACGUGCGAAGAAGAUAUUUUUCGAAUUUUAGAAUUACCGUACAAAGUACCAAAGGACAGGAACUUAUAAAUAUUCAUGUCAUAAUAAUGUCCUUUCGAUAAAGAAGAUACCCGACUAUUGCCCACACAGUUGUCGUCCAUAAAUUCAUAGCAAGAAGAGAUGCGUGUGAAGGCCAUGGGAUGGGCCAUGACCAUGGGAACAAAUCUUUUGUUAAAAUGUGACCCACAUAAAGAAAAAUUGGGUUUGUUCCUACGAAGAAAAAAUGUAAGACAUAUAAUUUGUUGUGUAAGCAUUGCACGCUCUUACAAUUUACACAGUAAUACGUACCCGCAUAAAUAAAUGGAGCUCCACCCCAAACUUGUUUGUAAUCAACAAGAGUGUACAAAAUUGCAUAUAAUAAGAAAGCAAAACUGGAACAGGUCAAAUCGAACGACAAGGUCAUCAUUUUUUUGCUAACUGGAAUUACUCCAUUAAACUUGGAAAAACCACAUAAGAUUCCAGCAAUAAUACCCUAAGUGUUUUGUUUUAUUAGUACAAAUUGUUUCACUUGUUGACGAAAGUUUGUGUUAUUACUUACCGUUAAUACUGCCCAUAGAAACCAUCUAAUCACUCUACCAUUAUACUGAUAAUACAUUAAUAAAAUCUUACCAGCAUGAACACCCAGAUAAACAA